AUUCAACUUAUCUGGAGAAAUAUGACGUUUGAAGACACGAUUCCUGAAGACGACAAUACCCACAAUCCAGUGCGAGGCUUCCACUUCCGGUGUCGGUGACCAGCAGACUGUCGGCAGGAGAAAGGUGAAGUUGAGGUUAAUGUGUGUGGAUGUAGUGUCUGUGGAGAGCUGUGAUGCCCCUGGAGGUCAGAUGGCCGUUCCCACAGUGCCCUGCGCUGGCAUGGAGGAUCUCAAGCUCACUGAUCAUGGGCAUGGUGGGCUCCUACUCCUACUUCUGGACCAAGUACAUGAACUGCUUGACGGUCCACAACCACGAGGUUCUGUGGAACCUGAUUGACCAGAGACCCUCUGACACGCCCCUCAUCACUCUGUCCAAUCACCAGUCCUGUAUGGACGACCCACAUAUCUGGGGUGUGCUAAAGCUCAGACAGCUGUGGAACUUCAACAAGAUGCGGUGGACCCCAACGGCAUCUGACAUCUGCUUCACAAAAGAGCUGCACUCCCGAUUCUUCAGCCGUGGAAAGUGUGUUCCGGUCUGCAGAGGUGAUGGUGUUCACCAGAAAGGAAUGGAUUUUAUUCUGGAGAAGCUGAACAGAGGAGAGUGGGUGCACAUUUUCCCAGAGGGAAAAGUCAACAUGACUGAAGAAUUCAUACGAUUGAAAUGGGGUGUGGGUCGGCUGAUAGCAGAGUGCUCCCUUAAUCCCAUUAUCCUGCCGCUCUGGCAUGUGGGUCUGAGUGAUGUUCUGCCAAAUGUGACUCCCUACAUUCCUCGGACUGGAAAGAAAAUCACAGUCCUGGUCGGGAAACCGUUCAGCGUGAAAGAGCUUGUUGAAUCCCUCAGAGCUGAAAACAAGAGCCAGUUGGAAAUGAGGAAGACUUUGACUGAUUUCAUCCAGGUUGAGUUUCGGAGCCUGAAAGCCCAGGCCGAGGCCCUUCACAGGCAGAUAAACACCAGCUCCUGAGUCCCAUCCGUCCUGCUCGUGUCUGCUACUCUCCUCACAGCCAACCACACUGAUGAUCCUCCACCCUAAAGCUGAGGGUAAUACUUCACAUGCCUGACUGUUUUUUACCAUGUUGUGUGGUAUCCACUCCCGUCCCUCACUCUACUGGAACACCCACCUCCACCCUUGAAUCCACCACAUCACCAGAGACGAAGAAAGAGCGUUUUGGUUUCUAAGCUGUGCUGUGAUCAAAAACAAGCAUUCCCCCUAAUUCAGCCUUUGUUUAAAAGCAUCAUGUUUUUAUUUAAUUUAGCAAAUUCAGUUGCUAGCGUGGGCUCCAGGGGACUGCCUCCCAAGACAGGGUUGAUUAAAUACAUACACACUGAAUGAAUAAAUAAGUUAUUGAAGAUAAUCCAGAUCUUUGCAGAAUUGUUCAGUACAUUCUUCUGUCACCCUGUUUUUAGGAGUGUUUGACACAAAGCUGCUGUUUGCUGAAAUACUAAAUGUUAGUAUGCAGUGUGCUCCUCUGUGCAUAAACAGAGUGAUGGGGAUUUAGAAAAUGUAGAAUUUGCUGCAGAAGUUAAUCAUGAAGUCAGGACACGGUUAAAUGUUAUACCGCUGUUAUCAGACUGACACAGGCAGAGUAAAUGAUUGUUAGUAUAUGACAGUGCUAAUUGUACCAUUGUAUGUUUUGCUUUUAUUUCGUCCUUGCUGCUUGAAAUGGGUCGACUGCUCAGUCACACGGUCCCUAACGUCACCAUGUGCCCUGCUCUCUGUUAAUCUCUCUAGUUCCUCAAUUGUAUGCUCAAAUCAAGUUUGCAUCUUUUCUUAGUAUUGUAGAUACUUUCGUUUUUCAGAACUAUUAACAUGCAAGUUUUUCUGUUGAUCCUUUCAACCUCUGAAUGCUGUCUGAGAUGUACAUAACUUAUUUUAUCACAGAGAUCAGUGGCUUUAUAAGGGAGGAAAGGCCAGGGCUAAAUGAUCUGUGGUUUUUUAUACACGUAUUGCCUUACUGUGGUUGCCACUCUUUCCUACUGUAUAUGAAUGCCAAUAAAGUAUUUGACUUUUCCUAA